CGACCGGCUCAAUUCGUCCUUUAUCGAAGGUCUUCGUUAAAGUGAAUACAUAGAAAAGAAUGGCUUCCAGGUUUGCUAACGUGCAAAGUGCUCCUCCUGUCGAAAUAUUUGCUUUGAACAGAGCUUAUAAAGAAGACAAAGAUCCAAAUAAAGUAGAUCUAGGAAUUGGCGCUUACAGAACUAAUGAAGGAAAACCAUGGGUUUUGCCUGUUGUGAGGAAAGUAGAGAAAGCUAUGGCUGAAGAUGAAACUCUAAAUCAUGAAUAUCUUAGCCAGUUAGGAAUGGAAGAAUUCAGUAAACUUGCUACUAGAAUGCUGUUGGGAGAAGAUAGCGUAGCCUUGAAGGAAAAUCGUGCAUUUGGUGUACAGACACUUAGUGGAACUGGAGCCUUGCGAUUGGGUGCAGAUACUUUGGCUAAGCAUGUCAACUAUACUACUUUUUACAUGUCAGCUCCAACAUGGCCAAACCAUAGACUAGUUUUUAUGAAUGCUGGCUUUAAGGAAUGUCGAACUUACCGAUAUUGGGAUGCAAAAACUAGAAGUUUAGAUUUUGAUGGAAUGAUUGAAGAUAUGAAGGUUAGAAUACCUAAGAAUAGCACACCCCCAAGACCCUAUUUAGGUCGCAUUUCUUUGAAAAUUGCACAUAUGUUUAGAACUAACAGUUUUGUUCUACCAAUAACACCGCCACCAAGUCUAAGAAGACUACUGUGUAAUGAUAGGGACAGAUAUCGGUGGAAUGAAAAAUCGGGAAUCUUCCAAGUCCUACUAAAACAUGCAUUGUCAGGUGAAGAAAUCAGUUAUGUAAGGGGACAGUCAUGUUCGUGUAUUCUUGAACAUCAAGAAGACAUCAAAAAUGGCAGGCCAGUUACAGAGUUAGCAAAGAAAGUGCUUGACCGCAAUUACCAUCAGCUCUGGAGCAAAGCAAAAUUACUGAAAUGCUGCAACGAAUAUAAAGAGCUAUUUGUUUGA